UUGAUCAGCUUCUCUAUGGCUGGGGUUCAUUACCUCAAGCACAUUAUUUGCCAACCUACAACUGAAAUCCUCUGUAGCAUUAAAAUCAUUCAUCUGUUUUGUUCUACAGAACAAGAAGAACAACUAGAGGAAGCAGAAGAAAAUGGAGAAGAAGCCACAGAAGAACAAGAAGAGCAAGCUAAAGAACCAGAAGAAGGGGAAUCUAAGCCCAAACCUAAGCUCUUUAUGCCAAAUCUGGUGCCUCCAAAGAUCCCUGAUGGGGAAAGAGUAGACUUUGAUGACAUCCAUCGCAAGCGGAUGGAGAAGGAUCUGAAUGAGCUGCAAGCCUUAAUUGAAGCCCAUUUUGAGAACAGGAAGAAAGAGGAAGAAGAACUGAUUUUCCUCAAGGACAGAAUUGAGCAGCGGCGAGCGGAAAGAGCUGAACAACAACGGAUUCGUAGUGAGAGAGAGAAAGAGCGCCAAGCCCGCUUGGCUGAAGAGAAAGCUCGGAAAGAAGAAGAAGAAGCUAGGAAGAAGGCGGAAGAGGAUGCCAGGAAGAAGAAGGCUUUCUCCAACAUGCUCCAUUUUGGAGGCUAUCUACAGAAGACAGAGAAGAAAGGUGGGAAGAAGCAAACAGAGCGUGAAAAGAAGAAAAAGAUUCUCACUGAGCGCCGGAAACCUCUGAAUAUUGAUCACCUGAAUGAAGAUAAACUGAGGGAAAAAGCCAAGGAACUCUGGCAAAGUAUCCAUGAUCUGGAAGCUGAGAAAUUUGAUUUGCAGGAAAAGUUCAAGAAGCAGAAAUACGAGAUUAAUGUUCUACGGAAUCGCAUUAGUGAUCAUCAAAAGGUGAAAGGCUCAAAGGCUGCCCGUGGAAAGCCGGUGGUUGGUGGCCGAUGGAAGUGAGAGGUGGUUAAUUCCUUGCCUGUGGAGAUGGAAGAGCAUCCUAUUCCUGUUUUGGCCCACUUUUGAUCCAAACUCCCAGCCCACACAGCCCAAAGGAAUGCACCAACUGUUCUAGCUUAUUCAGACCAGGCCACCUUCCAAAGGCCUCACUCUGUAGAAUGACUAUAGCUGUGAGCACAGCACUGUCACAGCUUGGAGCAGAUGCAUUGCUGUGUGGAGAUUAUUCUGUCACCAAAGUUAAGCAUAAUGUAUCUGUAAAUAAAGCAAAUUAAGCAGCAACA